AUGAGCGAGUGGGAAGUAGAUGAGUGUUGUGAUCCACAGCAUAUGAUUCUCCUGUUGGAGCCAAAGAAUGCGCAGCGGGAGUUUCCCCCUCACCACACGCUUUGUGCAUCCUGUUUGGUUGAUCGACUCGACAAACUUCCCGCGUUGCACGUCGUGCAGGCUUUACAGGAUAUCAUGCUAUCGUUACAAUACACCUUUUCCCCAGUGCUUGUCAAACACCGCACGAACUCCCUGCACGAAAGCUCCUUUGUCGACGUCCCUGCACAGGGUUGCUUGUCGUCGCCACCGUGGGAUUUACUCUUGCGAUUCGCGGGUUUGUUGCAGGAUCUCGGGGCGAAGAUUUGCCGUUGCAUCUCGCUUCACCACCACAUGCCGCUGUACAAAGCCGGCCUGUCGGUGCUUGCUCUUGUUUUUACUCUGCUUGAGGAAGCAACAGAGAGUGGCCUUUUUUGUCACACGGAGUGUCUUGGCAUGGAUGGGCGCAGUUACGACUUUACUGUCCAGGGACAUACAACGCUGUUGUCGCAGCCGCCAGUGGGUCUCUCGAUAUGCCUAUGCGAAACAGUCCUUGCUGGGUUAUCACAGGAGGUAAAAGUCACAGCGGAUGAUUUCUCCGUUCCUCUGCCGCUUCUUUUGCUAACGGACCUGGCGGAGGCGAGUCCCCCUUUUCUGUGGUGUGUUGCGGAGCACUGCGUGCCACACAUGUGUUCUCUCACUACAGCACUGACAGAUGCGUUCCGAGUGGAGCUCUUGCUUUAUCUGCUCCACCUGGCCUUCGAGGCGUGCGCCAAACACCCUGUAUGGCUCGAGAGUCUAGCAAAUGCACUCCCUGCUUCUUCGUGGGGUGUUCGGAGGUCACCUUUCUUGACCUAUCUUACGUGGGCGUUGGAAACGUUUCGUGGGGAGGAGCCGGUAGUUGCGAAUGCUCUUUACCUCACGCGUUUCGUUUUGCAGUACGGGACAACGCGUACGGCGCUGUUUACUACCACCCCUCUGCCGCACCAUGAUGCUGCUGCUGGCACUGCGGGCGGCAAGAGUGAUAGCUACGGAUUGCCUUUGAGCGACGCGCUGGGGCUUGCGCGUAACUUAAUUAUUUUGCUGCUGCAUCUUAAUGGAGAUGUUGUGGUGGCAGCGGCUGAGGCGCUAAGAGAGCUAUUUGUGGAGAAGCCUCUCUUGGGUGAAUGCCCUGAUCUGUCUGAUUACAUUAUUGAAGCACUGAGAACCGCCUCAGCUGAUACAGCGCCUGCUUUGGUGGGACUGCUAAACAACCUACCAAGUGGUAGUGUGCCCUACGGACCGUUGUUGUGCGUAUUGUUUGAGGUUUCAUCUAUCAGUGGGAAGGCAUUUGAGGACGCGGUGAGAGGCCCGCACUUCGUGGACGCCGUUAUUGACCGCCAUACCAACCUUAACGAUGUCGCCGAAAAAAUAGUGCGCAGCGUGCGCGAUGGAAGUUCCGUAUCCUUCCACUGCUUUCUGUUGGAAUGUCUCUGUCUUGAGCGAGCAUGCAAACAUGAGAAUUGUGGAGGUGCCUCUCUUCUUCCUGAAACUAUUUCUAUGUUGACAAACACUUUGUUGCACGUCGUGUGGGAGCUCUGCGGGGAGGCUACGGCGGGUACUGAAGCGGGUGGUAACUACCACGCUGACCAGCAGUUGUUCCCCAGCGAAUUCCGUACAAUCCCGUGCGGGGCGCUCCACAGUCUUAUUUGUGUGGCGGCCUUUUUGCUUCCUGGGUGUGAAGUGCUGCUCAUGCAGUUGGUUGUAGGCCUUCUGGGGGAGGCACUACGUCAGUUUCAGAUACGGAAUGACGGAGGUAUACCGGAUACCAGACUCGUGUUUGACAGUAGUUUGGGUGAUGCCAUCUUGAAGAUGGGGUCCACCGUGAUUAGACGUCUCGUUGGUAAGGGAGACGACUUCGGCAUAGGUGACAGUCAGCUCGAACAAAAGGUGUGCCACCUUCUCCGGGGCAACCUCCUGACGUUGCUGCUCAGCGUACCGUCUUCGUUCUCAGAUCUCCGCGUUAGUGUCAUGAAUGAUUUCCUGCUUUUAGCUCCUGCAAAUCGUGACUUGACGGGGGAAGAUGGACAGAUUUACUUUACCUUCGUGAAAGGGGCUGAUGGCUUAAUGUCUCCGCAACUGCUUGUCAAUAACUCCUUGCGCCGGCACCCACACUGGGCGGCUUCGUUUCUGUUAGCCCUAGCCACCGCGGGAUGUGAGCAGCCACUGGGGAGUGGGCAGCUCGAUUCCUUUUUAUUUGAACAGCUCUCGCUUGUUCCGCUCUUCACUGAAGGUGCGAGGCAGGUGUUUGCGUCGGGUGGUUAUAGUGGUGCGUACAGGACGGGUGAUGAUGUAAUUCCAAGCGAGGACCGCUGUUCCGUGGCCGAGUUUUCCGCUUUGAAGGUAUCUUUGGCAAUCCAUAAGUGGGGGGGAGAGCAACCACAACGUGAUAUUUCUCAUUUAAACGCCUGCGUUUCUGUCAGUGGUGCUUCUGUCGUAUCAGAGGAGCUACGUCUAUCGCACCUGCAGAUGUUCCGUUCCGCAGAACCCCAAUGGUUAGAAGCGCUAGGGGCUCGAACGUGGGGCAAGGCACUGCUGGCUGCCCUUGUUUCAAGUGCCAUCAUUCAAAUUGAGAGUGAUAGGGAACAGGGACGCAUAGAAGAAGCACAUGAUUAUCUCUUCACCGGUUCCCAACAUCGAGACAAGGAUCAGGUUACUCUUUGUUCCCUUGUUGUGAAUCAUGCUGCUGGCUGCGGGUUGUUUUUGUCAUUGCUGUUUAACACGCUGCGGCGGCGUACUGCCUCAAAUGACCACCCGCUCAGUUGCCGCAUCAUUUCUUUCUUGUGUCGAUGUUUACAUGCAGAGGAAAGUACUGAUACCACGGUGAUUAUUGAGUUCGUUCGCUUACUUCUCGAGCAGCACCUGACACCACUGCUACUCUACAGGGAAGCCGCGCCGUUUUUGGUAGGGCAUGCUGCACGGCUUGUUGCUUUGUCGCUUUCUCGGCUUCCCCUGAGUGUGGCGAGCUGCUGCGACCACACACUUUUCAAAUGGGCACUUCAGAACGUGAGGCAACCGAGUGGACAAGUGUACAUGUGGAUGACGAUAUUUCUCUUGCUGAGACGUGCGCAUCGUAGCGAGUUUGCUCUACGUCAUGAGGUGGAGCUGGGGGCGGAGUUAAACCACAUGGUGAAGGGCGGGGAUGUGUCUCCCUGUAUUGAAGCAGCGAGGGCAACGGUCUGUUGGAUGGUGGAGGGUGAAAUGAUGCGCUGUGGGGUUGGCCGGCACCACUCUGCUGUUCAAAUCCCAUUAAACGAGUGGUCCAAAGUUGCGCCGGGAAAUUUAACGUUGCGUGCGUUUGUAAUCUGCAGCGUUGAACAUCGCAUGAAGUGUUGUUGGUCUUCCGCGAUGAACCAAUUUUUGGAAGUGGCGGCGCCACUGCUUCUCACGUGGGUAAGCGAAUUGAUGUUUUACCACUGCGAGACCGUUGCUGCAUCUCGUGUGUGCCACGAGCUGUUGGGGAAAUUCCCACACUUAUCAUGCUCUCUAGAGGCUUUGGGCCUUUUUUUUCUGCUUACCGGAGUAGUGGUUGCUGGUACCAGGUCUGAGAAGCAGGGAAAUGAUCCGGUACAUUCCGUGGGUGUAGCUGAGGGUGGCUGGGUGUUUGCGGCCCUUCUAAACGCUUGGCCCUCAUGGGCAGAAGCGGGUGGGCUUCGGGAGGCGGUUGCCGUGUUUCUCUCAGGACUGGGGGAGGAAUCCAAACUGUGUAACGGUGCCAAGCGACCGCGUGAGUUACUGGUUUCGGGUAGUGCUGCAACUGUUGCUCAGUUCAAUCGCCCGUCUCUAAAUGUUUAUGAAGCGGUGCGGGCAGUCCUUGAGGCGUGUGAGUUGCAAGCGGAGCGUUGUGGACCGUUUCCCGUCAACCGCGCAAAAGAUUUCUACUUGCGUUGGCCGGUAGAGGCAAUAAGUAUCGAUAUGGAGCGCGAUAUCGUGUUCAGAGCUGCAGAAGGUGGUGGUGAGCUCAUGGUUGCUUCCUGA